UUCGGGCGAUAACUCUGUACAAUGAAUCGCGUGUGUUUCUUGCUCUUGUUAACGAUGCAGUUACCAACUACGUUUUGCGUUAAUGAAAAUCACAUAAUCCGCGAUUAUUUCGCGUUCAGAAAAGUACAAAGGAUUAUGGCAUUCUCUUGUAACACUGCAGACAAUGAUUUUAUACUUGCGAGAACGUUUAGUGAUAUGUACGUUGCGUAUAUUUCGAUGUUGAACUCCACGAAUGAUUCGCGUUUAAAUAUUGGGAAAAUUUUGAGAGCAGAAUACCACCCAUUGGGCGUUUUCUUGGACGUUCGUUGCGAUCGUAAGCGAUAUACGACAGUCCUCGCAAGCGCAGCAAAAUAUUCUAUGUACGACGAGAUGCACAAGUGGUUGAUCUUGGUUUCAAAUCUGAGCUACGUAUUGGAAAUAUUGAACGACGAUGCGUUUACUCUCUCAACUGACGUUGUAAUCGCUGUGCCGUCCAAGAGUAAUUACGCUUUGUACGAUGUAUACAAUCCGUGUAAGGAUCGAGGUGGAUCGAUGAAUGUAACGUACUUUGGAAUUUGGGAUGCUAAGACCGGAUUGAACAUUAUCCUAAAUCAAUCAAAAUUCGAGAGGAGAUUAAAUUUACACGGGAUGAAACUGAAAGUUGGCGUUGUAAUCAGUUUAUCUGAAAACAUGUCGUUACAUGAUACGAUGCAAGAAUAUAAUAUGAAAUCAAAGUAUGGCCGGUCGAAAUAUUUAUACGUACUCUUACAACACUUGGCUGACAUGUUCAAUUUCACCAUAGACAUUACGCAAAUAAACGCGCAAAGGAGAUUCGACAAUUCUGGUCCCGUUUUCGCUGCUUUUAGAAGGAAGCAGAUAGAUCUCUCGACAAGUCCGGCUACGAUGAAAAUCGAGAGAUUGAAUAACGGAGACAUAAUAGCUCCUGUCUGGCCAAUACGAUCGUGUUUCAUGUUUCGCACGAUAUCAUCGACUACCAUAAAACCAAGUCAGUUUUUACAACCAUUGUCGAGAAAAGUCUGGUACGUGAUACUCGCUAUGAUAGCAAUCGUAACAGCGAUUUUAAUUAUAUUUCUACGACUGGAAAACAUUCGCAAUCCCGCUGAAAUUUACGGUCUCUCCGUUCUGCUCACAGUAGGCGCCUUAUCGCAACAAGGUUCUGCGUUUGUCCCAUCUCGUUGCGCAAGUCGCAUCGCGUUUCUACAAAUUUUGCUUUGCAGCAUAGUAAUUUUGAAUUAUUACUCAGCCAGUGUAGUAUCGAAUCGUUUGAAAAACAAGGCCGAGAAAAUGAACGAUUCGUUGAUUAGCUUGGCUCAUAGUAACAUGAAACUUGCAGUGGAACCCACACCCUACAUCCGUUCCUUUCUUCAGGUCCCGGAUAAAGAAGUGAGAUAUUUCUACGACCAUCGUUGGUCGAAAAUACCGGAAUCGCAGAAAUAUCUACCACUGGAAGAAGGAUUUAACCGCGUGGCCGAGGGACAUUUGGCUUAUCACUCGAUGAUCGAUUCCGCUUAUCCGUACAUCGAGCAUUCAUUCAAUUACCGAAGUAUUUGCGAACUCACGGAGGUUCACUUGUUCCGUGGCAUUCUGGCAUUCUACGCGAGACACAGAAGUCCUUUCACUGAACUGAUGAAAGUAGGUAUGAUUAAAAUUCGUGACGUUGGCAUUCAAAACCGCGAACUGAAGCGAUGGGCGGCUAGAAGACCCUUUUGUCCAAGCAACUUGCUUAUCGCCGAACCCUUAUCGAUUCACGAAGCUGCACCUGUCUUUAUAUUCUUAUGCAUGUCUGUGAUCCUGUCGAUUCUCAUUUGCAUAAUUGAGAAUAUUAUAUUUUACUUCUUUUCGGCAAGAAAUUUCAGUCCAAUGACGAAAACGAGUCGGUUCAUCGAUACGACACUACAUCUACCAUCACUACGAGAUGUGAAUUUGCAGGAUUUGAAAAUUUUCAACGUUCUACGCGAAUGAACAUAAUUUCAAAUUUCCGAACACUUCAAUAUUAUAUUAAAGGGUAAACGCAAUAGUGAUGUAAGUCACUUUUCGACCCAAUUGUGAUUGCAUUAUUUUAAUCAAUUACAAAUGGUGAUACGUUAAAAGAAACGUUGAAGUAACUUCUAACUCAUCUCCCUACUUGCUUUCAUUUUCUGCUCUCCAAAGUUAACUAAAGAUCCAUUAGCUACGCAAAGAUCACUUAGAACCACUGCUAAUCGAAGCAAGAGGAUAUAUUAUCAUUACCAUUCAUUGUAGUAAGUCACUCUUAUCAGCGUUUUUAAUUACAGUCAAUUAUUAUUGUCUGCUUUAAGAAUUUAUUAUAGCACCUGCAGUAAAAUGUUUAUUUCUCAAAAUUAGCUUUAAUAGACUUACAUCACUAUAACUUUACCCUUUUAUAACAUAAUCGUUAGAAAUUUGAUUUGACAAUCACCUGGUUGCACCAAUUAGAUUAAUUAAUUAUCCUCGGUAUUUUGCACGCGCAUCACCCUGAAUUAAAUGCGAUGAACUCUGGCCAAUGAUUUGUCAUGCUGUGAGCUCUCAAAAAUAAAAUACUGCUGUCUCUCGCGCUGGUCGGGUUAAUUAGUGAUAUUGACUACUGAUUUCCAGAGAAUCGUCAGCCCGUUCGCGAUUAUUUUCAAUCGCGUAAUUAAUUUUUCCACCUAUACCAAUACUGUUAAUAAUUGAUCGCGAAGUUUACAUUUCAGGGAAGCUUGGAAAAUUAAUAAAAUGAGAGAAAGAUCGACAGUAAUAAUACAAUAAAUGCGUAACGUUUGGAGUAUUCGUAUAUCGUAAACUUCCUUGCGAAAAUGUCGUGCCGGAAGCGACAUAUUUCGAAUGAAUAAUUAAUCGAACCCCUCCGAAACCUUCUCGUGACUCGGGCAAUUUGUCAAAUUGCUCCAAUUCGUUUGACGUUUGCCUGUCGCUCGUGUCGGAAUACGAAAUUUGAUGCUUCUUGCAUUCGAUGCAUGAGGAAUUGAAUAAAACAUAUUUAAUAUAAUGGAAGGGAACAGCGUGACCAGAGUUCGAUUUGAUUGUAGAAAACAUUUAUCGCAAAUCGACACCAGCAUAGAAUAGGGACCGAGUUCAACCGGAUGCUGAUCGAUUAAGUUAUUUUUAAAAACGUGUAAUUCGUGAAUAAAUUUAUGGUUUUCACUUA